GUUAUUUAUGGGUCACUGAGUAGUAAACACUAAGUGUUUUGUUUUUAGUUUUUUUUUUUUGGCGAAACAAUUGAAUGAAUUGAUUGAUUGAAACGUAUCUUCAUUUAAGACAAAGAAUAUCUCACUUUAACUGAACGGAUCUAUUGUUGACCAAUUGGUUGGACCAACUAUGACAUCGGCGGCGACGGCCAUCAACGACAGCCUAAACGACAACUGGAACCGAUUGGCCAACAGUUUGCUGGCGUUUGAGACCAUCGAUUGUCGGGAUAGACAAGAGUCGCGUACAGAUUUGGCAAAUGCCGUCAAAUGUCUGUCGGAUCGGCAAUUCUUUUCGGUACUCAUCGACUGGUACUACGAUCUGUUCAAUACGUUUAUCACCGAUGAAUUGGUGCCACAAUUUUGGCAAAACUUUCGCUUACCGCCAGAUCCCGAGUCCACUACUAAUACUACUACUAUCACUAGUUUGCCACACAAUAUACUAUUCGAGGCCAUCGAUGAACUCUAUCGGCAGUCGACCAAAUGGAUCAACAAUCAGAUAUUGAAUUUGGUUUACGAGUUAAGCCAACCGACAGAAACGGUCGACCAGUUGCCGAAAUUGCAGACCCGUAUGAAAAAUCAAUUACGAUCGAUACUGAUGGCCGAAAUUCCCAUCAAUUUCAAUGAAUAUCUAAUGAAAACCUAUUCGCUAGCCUUUUCGGUAAAUCAGUUCCAGAAGAAUAAGCAACGUAUGAACAACAACACUAGCCAUGAGUUGUCGUUGUUGUCUUCGACUAACGAUUCUAUUGAAAUGGAUGACACAAACACUGAUAACCAUCACAACAACAACAACAACAAAUGCUUUGGUUGUCAUCAAAUCCAGUGUUUAUGUCAGCAAAUUGCCGAUAAUUUUAUCCGAUUUAAUCACCAAUUAAGUGAACUAUCUUUGAUUGAAGUACUAUCUGGUGAUGCCAUCACAUCCGUAAUGCAUUCAUGUAUUGAAAAACAUAUUUACCAAAGUUGUAAAGAUAACUUUGAAGUCUCUUGUAUUUGUAAUCUAAAGAAAUGGAUUGACAAUACAGUAAUCAAUUGGAUCCGAUUUGUCUGUAACGAUCUGAAUGGUUCGCAAUUGGCUAAUCUUGAAGAACGAUUGACACAUUUUCUCUAUGAAACCUAUGCUGCCUGUCGUAUGGAUCAGAUAUUCGACAUAACUAUCCAAAUGUUUCCCGAAUCUGAACCAUCGCUGAUUGAUUUGCGUGAAUGUCUGGAAAAAUGUGCAAAUUUUCGACCGAAAUUGAUUCGGAGAUUGAAAGAGUCGCUAGAGUCUCGACUAUUACAUCCCGGUGUCAGUACUACCGAUAUUAUCGAAGCAUACAUAUCGACCAUCAAAGCCUUGCGAGUGGUCGACCCGACAGAUGUUAUACUGCAGUUGGUUUGCGAACCGGUUCGCAAAUAUCUGAAAUCCAGAGACGAUACGGUUCGCUGUAUAAUAACAGCACUGACUGACGAAUCGUCGUCUGAAUUGACGCCAGAGUUUGUCAAAGGAAAUAUCGAUCGAACUGAUGAUACAAACGGUGGUCAGAAUGGCAACGGUGGCGGCGAUGACGACAAUAUAGGUGACAAUUGGCAACAAUGGGUACCGAUCAAUGAUCCGAUUGACUCGACACAACAUCAACUACAACAACAACAGCAACAACAAGAAUCGAACGGCUCGUCGGCAGCGGCGGCGGCGGUCAGCAAAUCGUUGCGUAACUCAGAUAUUGUUAGCAUUUUGGUUAAUAUUUACGAAUCAAAAGAUCUGUUUGUCGAAGAAUAUCAACGACUUCUGGCGCAACGUUUGUUGACUAACUUUGAUUGUAAUGUUGAACACGAACGACGAAAUCUGGAACUAUUGACACUAAGAUUUGGCGAAUCAGAUCUUCACGCCUGCGAAGUAAUGCUUAAAGAUGUUAAAGAAUCGGAACGUAUUAAUCAACGAAUAAAUUCCGGAGAAAUAUCUGAACAUCAUUUCAAUCGUUUUCCAAUUAAUUCGUUGAUAUUGUCGGCACAGUUUUGGCCGGAAAAGUUAGGACUCGGAGGCGGCGGCGGCGACGAUCUGAAUGGUCUGAAAUUGCCGCCCGACGUACAAUCGGCUACCGAAUGCUAUACCCGUGCGUUCGAGACUAUCAAAGGUUCCCGAACACUGAACUGGUUGUCGCACUUGGGUUUAGUCCGAUUGGAACUGAGUUUUUCGGGCGGAAAAACUCUUCACUUUGCUGUACCACCGAUUCAGGCGACAAUUAUCUGGCAUUUUGCUGGCGAUCGUACCGAAUGGUCAAUCAGCGAACUAUCGGAAGCCAUGUCUAUUCCGCCAUCGAUUCUACGCCGACGUAUAACUCUGUGGCAAAACAAAGGUAUACUCAAAGAGACAACAACUGAUCGGUUCGUACUCGUCGAAGACGAUCGUAUAGUAGCAUCCAAUCCGUCGGCAACUGUCGGACCAGCUGUCGGUGGCGGCAGUCAUGAUCUGUCAACACAUAUGAAUAUGGAGAACGACUUCGACGAUGACCUAACCGAUGAUCGACUACAGGGAUCAGCUGUCGACGAAAGAGAGGAAAAGUUGAACGUCUACUGGAGUUUUGUACUAAAUAUGUUGCAAAACUUGAACUCAUUGACCAUCGAAAGGAUACAUCAGAUGUUGCAGAUGUUUGCCAUUCAGCCGAACGAUUCGCACGAACUAACGGCUCACGAGUUGCGACACUUUCUCGACUCUAAAGUCAGAGAACAUAAGCUCGUCUAUAGUAAUGGUCAGUACAGACUCAGUGAUACCAACUAAUGGAUGGGGGAUGGGAUGGGAUGACAUACCUGUGCCGCCCACACACACACAACACAUCCCACAAGU